UGCGGUGUUGUCAGUGUCAGCCCCGCACGCAACCCCCGGUAGCCCAGCGGAGCGGCCGGAGCCCCGCGUUCCUGCAGCCGACCCGGCGGGCCCGGGGGGCUCGCGCCUGGGCGGUGCGAGGAGCCCGGCGCGGCCGACGACUAACCCGAGCGGGACUGCAGGACCGAGGGGCGACCGACCGCGGAGAGGGACCCGGCGCGGCGGCCCCAGGGCCCCCCUGAUUGCUCUCCGUGCACCCACCUUCCCGGCGCCCGCCCCACAGAGCGCCCGAGCCCGCGCGCCCAGCCCCGGGGGAGCCGCCCGCCCCCGGCCGCCCGGGCCAUGCUCCCCCGGGGCAGCGGCUGAGCCGGAGCGGGACCGGGAGCGCGGCCCGCGCGGAGCAUGGAGCCGGGCCGGGCCCUGCGGGACGCCGGCUGGGCGGCCCUGCUGGUCCUGUUCGCGGCCUCGCUGCUCACGGUGCUCGGCUGGCUGCUGCAGUCCGCGCGCGGCUGGUGGCGGCGGGGGGCGCCCGGGGACCGGAGCCCGGGACCCGCUCCAGCGGCCGAGCCCGGGGGGCCCCUGCGGGAGCUGGGAGUGUGGCGCUCGCUGCUGAGGCUGCGGGCCGCUCCGACCGGCGCCCCGGGGGAGCCCGGCGUCCGGGGCCUCCUGGCGUCCCUGUUCGCCUUCAAGUCUUUCCGAGAGAACUGGCAGCGGGCGUGGGUGCGAGCGCUCAACGAGCAGGCCUGCCGGGCCGGGAGCUCUAUCCAGAUCGCCUUUGAGGAGGUGCCCCAACUCUUCCCCAGAGCCAGCAUUGGUCAUGUGACCUGUGUAGACCAAUCAGAGAACACCAUGGUGCUGCAUUGUCAGCUCUCUGCUGAGGAGGUGAUGUUCCCAGUUUCUGUGACCCAACAGUCCCCCGCUGCCGUCUCCAUGGAGACCUACCACAUCACUCUGACACUGCCACCAACACAGUUGGAAAUUAACCUGAAGGAAAUCCCUGGCGAGGGGCUCCUUGUGUCCUGGGCCUUCAGGAAUCGCCCAGAUCUCAGCCUGACAGUGCGUCCCAAGCUGCAGGCCAGAGAGAGAGGUGAGGAGCAAGUGGAGGUCUCCACGAUUGAGGAGCUGAUAGAGGAUGCCAUCGUCAGCACCCAGCCAGCCAUGAUGGUCCACCUCAGGGCGUGCUCUGCCCCUGGCGGGCUGGUGCCCAGUGAGAAGCCCCUCACGCUGUCCCAGGCCCAGCCAGCCAGCCCCAGACCCACCCGGUUACUCCUCCGGCAGCUUCGGGCCUCGCACCUGGGGAGUGAGCUGGAAGGCACUGGGGACCUGCGCUGCAUGGCCGAGCUCGACAACCCCAUGCAGCAGACGUGGACCAAGUCCGCGAGGGCGGGUCCCGAGGUGGAGUGGACGGAGGACCUGGCCCUGGAUCUGGGCCCCCAGAGCCGGGAGCUGGUCCUCAGGGUGCUGAGGAGCAGCCACUGCGGAGACGCCGAACUCCUGGGCCAGGCCACACUGCCCGUGGGCUCCCCUUCCAGACCACUGUCCCGGAGACAGGUGUGCCCACUCACCCCGGGGCCCGGCAAAGCCCUGGGACCCGCAGCCACCGUGGCCGUGGAGCUUCAGUAUGAGGAGGGUUCCCCCCGGAACCCCACCCCCUCCACGCCACGCCCCAGUAUCACACCUACCAAGAAGGUCGAGCUGGACCGCACCAUCAUGCCUGAUGGCACCAUUGUCACCACGGUCACCACUGUCCAGUCCCGGCCUCGCACUGUAGAUGGCAGAUCAGCAGACUCCCCCUCCCGCUCCCCGUCCAAGGUGGAGGUGACCGAGAAGACGACGGUGCUGAGUGAGAGCGGCGGCCCCAGCAGCGCCUCCCACAGCAGCAGCCGGGAGAGCCGCCUGGCCAACGGCCUGGACCCUGUGGCGGAGACGGCCAUUCGCCAGCUGACGGCGCCCAGCGGGCGGGCGGCCAAGAGGACACCCACAAAGCGGAGCACCCUCGUCAUCUCAGGUGUCUCCAAGGUGCCCAUUGCGCAGGACGAGCUGGCGCUGUCGCUGGGCUACGCGGCCUCUCUCGAGGCCUUGGCGCAGGACUCUGCCGGAGACGGCAGCGGCCCCUCUCCCCCGCCCUCGGACCCCCCCGCCGCCUUUCCAGGAGCCCUGGACGCCCUCUCCAGCCCCACCAGUGUCCAGGAGGCAGAUGAGACCACACGUUCGGACAUUUCCGAGAGGCCGUCUGUGGAUGAUGUUGAGUCGGAAACAGGAUCGACUGGUGCCCUGGAGACCCGCAGCCUCAAGGAUCACAAAGUGAGUUUCCUGCGCAGCGGCACGAAGCUCAUCUUCCGCCGGAGACCCCGCCAGAAGGAGGCCGGCCUGAGCCAGUCGCACGAUGACCUCUCGGACGCCAUGGCCUCGCCCAGUGUCCGCAAGAAGGCCGGCAGCUUUUCCCGCCGCCUCAUCAAGCGCUUUUCCUUCAAGUCCAAGCCCAAGGCCAAUGGCAGCCCCAGCCCCCAGCUCUGAGGCCCUGCAGGCGGGAGGGCCCCGGCGGGGCCAGGACACAGAGGGGGUGCGGGGGGGGCGCUGCCUGGCCGCCUGGCACCCCACAGAGCUGUGCCCGCUGUUGGCACCCACCCCUCGGGCGUCCCGGGCGCCCGGCUCCUCGCCGACCCCCCUCCCGCUGUGCUCGCUUUUCUAUGAGUUUGUGUGGCCCGGACUCGGACCGGCCUGGCGCCGGCGGCCCUGUCCCUUCUCAGGAGGAGGGUCCCCAUGGCUGGGGCUGCCCACCCGCGCCCUCAGGCCCUGCUCUGCCCAGCACCGCUGAGGACACCGGCAGGUUCCCCCCUGCUCCGCCCCUUUGGGACCGGUUUGUACUUGAUGCCUCCGGAGCAGGGCUCCACCGGGAGGCUCCGGCCGGGGACCGCCCGCACUGACGGCUGCAGGGGCUCCCCACACAGGGCUGCACCUCGGGGUGUGGAGAUGAUGAUGGCCAUUGCUGUAUGAUGAUUUGGAAUUUAAUUUAUUAAAGUCAAUUGGAAUU